AUUUGCAGCUACGGAUAUCAGGCAGGCCCAAGAAAGCUCUAAACAGAGCAAGCUCCAAAGUUGUCUUUUCCAACAGAUUACUCCUUUUCGGGGGCAAUGUCAUGCACUGACAGCCCUCCAGUGAAUGCUGCAGCCAAGCACCAGUGGAAACUACGUAAUGAAGGCCACGCAGACAGUUUCUUUGCUGCAGCUUUGCACCUGAAAGAACACCACCAUCUUGUGGACGUGACAGUGUCCCUUGGCCAGAGGACCUAUGAAGCCCAUGGUCCCCUCCUGGCUGCCGUGAGCUCCAUCUUCCGGCAGCGUUUGGAAUGUGGGGAACAAGGUGUGAUGGAGUUGGAUGGAGUGACUACACGACGAGGCUGGGAGGCCAUACUGAAUUUUGUCUACACUGGAGAAUUACAGGCUACAUCAGAAUUCACUGGGGAGAUCUUAGACGCGGCUGAAGCACUGGGCGUCCCACGCGUGGCUGAGAUUUGCAAGACUGCACUGCUUGGGGUAGAAACAGAGGGCAGGUUGAGUCCAGCAGAAGAGAAAUGGGAGACGCUCCGGAACCUGGAAGAGCUUUAUGUCAAAGGCAUAGGCUGGAAUCUGGAGCUCAAAGCCGAAGAAGAAACAUUCCGAGUUCACCGUGUGGCUUUGGCAUGCGGUUGUGAGUUCUUCCAUGGCAUGUUCACCAGUGGCAUGAAGGAAUCCCGUCAGGGGGAUGCCCCUCUCUGUACCCGCUUUACGUCCACUGACCUGAGCAUAGUCAUCUCCUUUGCCUACUCUGGAGUUCUGGCUGGUGGAUGGGAUUAUCUCUUUGAUGCUGCCCAAGCGGCUCUGCAGUACCAGGUCUCGGGCAUCUUGGACCUCUGUCUCAAUUUCUUCCAUCAUAGUCUGAGCCCUGAAUCUAGUCUGGAUGUCUUGUCCUUUGCCCGUGCCUUUGGUUUGCGUGAUCUGGAAAGCACUGCUGAGAACUAUGUCUUGAGGAACUUUGCUCUUGUCAUGGAAACACCCAAGUUUUUGGACCUUCCUGUCAACCAGCUGGUGGAUUUCCUCAGUUCUGAUGCCCUCUACAUCCUCAAUGAACUAGAGGCCUUUAAAGGAGCUGUCCGGUGGCUGGAUGCUGACCAGGAUGGACGGAUGGACUGCGCAGAGAGAGUCAUGCGCUGCAUUAGAUUCCCCUUGAUGUCCACUCGGGAGUUCAAGCAGGUGCGGACAGAAAAGAUGAUGGCCUCCCCAGGUCGCCUCUAUAACCUCAUGGUUGAGUCUUUAGCCAGCCUCCCACCAGGUCCCUCCAAGAUGGAACAACUCCCUUGCCGGGUGAGAUAUCCAAAGAAAGUGAUUGUCAUCAGUGGAGGAGAUCUUAUGGCCAAAAAUAUGGCCACUCGCAGCCCUACUGCAGAUGUUUGGUUUUCCCACAGCUUUUGCAACGGCAUUGGGUUGGUCAAGCAAGUUGAAUGGCGACGUUUAGAGGAUCUCCCCGAAGGGCCACGUUUCCGGCACGCCGUGGCAGUCAAGGAUAAUGUGAUGUACAUAUUUGGAGGAAAACAUUACUAUGGCGUCAGGGACACCAUGUGCUCUGUAUUCAAAUUUGAUCCCCUCUGUCAGCGUUGGGAGAGAUUGGCUGACAUGACAAGUCUCCGGAGCUAUUUCCCCGUGGUCUUUCUGGAUGGCUUCUUCUAUGCUCUGGGAGGCGGCUCCAACGAUGUCUAUUGCCUGGAUUCGGUAGAGUGUUAUGAACCCAAGACCAAUACCUGGAGGCCCUGUGAACCCCUGCCCGCUUCACUCUGUGGCCAUGCAGCUUGCGUCUUAAAUGGUGCCAUUUAUGUUUCCGGAGGUAGCGAUGGCUCGUGCCGCUGCCACUCCACCUUGAUCCAGUAUCGCCCAGGUGCACCUCCCAUCCUGCUGUCCACCAUGCGGGAGGAAAGGGCAGGACAUGUUAUGGAAGUCCUGGAUGGCCGGCUCUAUGUGGCGGGGGGCCUGCGUUGGCGGGACGGCCAUGGGGGUUAUGCUGAUCAACUGGCCUGCGAAGUGUACGACCCCAGCCUCGACCUAUGGCUUGCCCUCAGUCCUCUGCCACAGGCCCAUGUCAUUGCCGCCUCCGCCGUCCUGGAAGGCGAGCUCUAUAUCUUGGGGGGCUACAGCCACAACACCUAUCGCGACACUCACCUGAUUCACUGCUAUAACGCCAUUCAUGACCGAUGGGUCAGUGUUGGGACAUUGCCUCAAGCUUAUGCCGACCUCAGGGCUUGCGUCUUAGAAGUCCCCACUAGCUUGAGGAGAAAAGAGGCUUUGCAUUUAGACGCUCCCAGUUUGGAAAUCCCUGAGGAUCCUUCCAUAGAGUCCCCACAUUCAUACUAUAGUUAAGUGUUUCUAAUUCAGCCACAAUAUAAAUAAGCAUCCCUUUGGCUCUCUAAAUCAGACAUGGGCAAACUUUGGC